UCAUUCAUUCAAAUAGCGAGCCAUUCUUAUCAUCAGUUAUGAGUCAUACGACUGGCAUAUUAAUUUCAUUUCUUGAGCUCUCCUCAACUCCCCCACCCCACACCCCAUCUCAUAAUUACAAGCACUGCUAAAAGCCUGAAUUAUUGACUGCUUUUUUCUUGACUCGUUUUUUCUUGCUUUCGCAUAACGUGCAAUAAUACUUUAUUACGUAUUUACUCAUUUUUUUAUUUGAAAUUAAAAACACAUUAUCUCACGACUGUAUUUCCUGUUCCAAUUCCAGCUAAUGACAUCUGCAUCCUGACACUGAUAACAGAAUGUACCCAGUCUACCUCGGUAUUUUGUGGCUGUGUGCAAAGAUCAUGAUGUCAAGCCAAACAAAUGCAACAGAUUUUGCUGCCAUUUUGACUGGUGACGAUAAUCUCACAGUUUUCGCGGAUGGACGUCUUGUUGGCUACAACGGGGGCUUCUGGAGCGCGGCAAGGUGGUUUACAUUCCCUAUUGAAACGAAAGUCAUUGCUGUGUCUGUUUACAACUUACCAGGUCAUAUCGGUGGAUUUCUAGGCGUGUUUAGCAACGGAGUGGCCACGGAUGAUAACUGGAAAUGCAAAGAAAUCCUUAUUAGACCAGACGAUGGAUGGGAACAAACCAAUUUUAAUGAUAACGCAUGGCCACACGCUUACGUCAGACAUGAUAAUAGUGAUCCGCUCGGCUUUUAUCCCGUGCCUGGAAUUCCUCUUGACGUUCACUGGAUCAGUGCAGCAAAUCAUAACGCCGUCAGAUUCAUCUGUAGACGUCACUUUACUGAGGAGGAGAAAUGUAGUAACAGCACUUUGAUAGCAAUCUACACAUUGACAAAGAGCCAGACUAUCAGUCUGUAUCUUGAUGGAGUUUUUACAGCAAGAGCAGACAACAGCCUGACGGUUGUCAAAGACCAGCACGAACUUCAAGCGAUACAUGUGGAAGAUCCGUCUGCUGAAGCUGAGGUUUACUUUCUGUCGUCGUCCAGCAAUGGUGUUAGAACUGACGAUAGAUCGUGGAGGUGUUCAAACCAAUACCACGAGGGUUGGUUUCUUCCUAAUUUUACCGACACUUCGUGGCCGAGACCUCAGGUGGUUGCUGGUAGUAAGUACUUCAUAGCACCAGAUGCUAAGUGGAUUGGAUAUCCUCUGGCGAAAAAUAAAAGGAUCUUCUGUCGGCGGAAAACCACAGUAGGACCACAAAUGACAAUUUCUCCCACCAGCUCGAUCAGUUCUACAACAGCAACAACGAGCAACUCGAAAACGAAGAGGCUUUCUACGUUACUGAUCGUGAUGAUUGCUGUCUGUGGUGGUGUAACGGUUGGACUAGCUGUUUCUUGUUACAUUUGGAGAAGACGGAACAGUGAAAGGUUUUUAUCAUUCUUUUUCAGUAUUAGAAUAUAA